AUGAAACUGUUGGAAUUUUUCGUCAAGUGUUGGGAACAAGGUGAGGUUUGUGAUGUUGGUAUUCAGCCUAUGGCCAUGACAAAUAAUCUUAUUUGCAGGCUGAGCAUGAGUACAAGAACAUCAACUAAUUUCAACGAGAGCACGCAGAUAAGAGAAAUUGCAUCAGGGAUCUCUUCGCGGAAUGAAACUGGUACAACAAGUGUUGGUUUCCAAUGGGCAAUAGCAGAGCUGCUGAACCAUCCAAAGGCAUUAAAGAAAGUCCAAGAAGAAAUUGACAGAGUAGUUGGCUUAAACAGGCUGGUUGAGGAUUCAGACAUCCAAAAUCUUUCAUAUCUUCAGGCUGUUGUCAAGGAAACACUAAGAGCACACGCCGGAGCCAUAAAGGUGGAAACAAGGAAAUCAGAUGUUUUUAAGAUAACAGAGGAACAGCGAGAUGUUAAGGGAGUUUGUGUCCAGUUUUCAGAUAGAGCAAAUGGAAUUACCCCCGGUCUUGGAUGA